AUGGUGGAUGCAUUGGAUGAUUUGGACCGUCAACUGCUGGAGACCGAGAAUGCGUUGCAAGCGAUCGAGGCCCAGCUGCACGGCCCUGCGGUGGUGACUUCGCCACGGGCCGGCCAGCGAGGCCGGGCUUUGCAGGACCAGCUUCCUGGGCGCUGGUGCCGUGCCUCUGCCUUGCCGACGUGGAGGACAUGCCCGCGCACAUGCUCUUCUUCCUCAGGAGCCAAAGGGCGCUCCCAGCGCGGCACCUUCGCCACCGAGGCACGCUUUCCAGCCAAACGUAUCACCGAAGAGGAGGUGCCUUUUCUGCAUCCUUCUCAUAGCUUCCUGUCGACAUCAACCGUCAGCAAAGGUGCAAUCAUCGCCCCGCCUGAGUCUCUGAAGCCGAGGCAAAUCCAGGAGGCUCGGCGAUGGUUGAAGCACAUCGCCGCAGAAGCGAAUUCAAAGGAGGCGGCAGCUCACCUAGCGACACCGGGUCUGGAAGGCGUUGCGGCAGCAUGGCAGGCCUUGCUGAAGGAGGAAGACGCCUGCCAAGCGGCGGGCGACGACUUCCUUGACGACGCCAGCACCUCUGCUGGCAGCGAGCUUUCCGAGUUGCUCUCUGUGGGCUCGGCAGAACCUCCUGGGCCUGGAGCGUAUGAGCCGAAGUUUGACGCCCUGCGCCCGUCCCUGGCAAAGGGUGCGCCAAGUUUCGAUCGCUACAAGGGACGUGAGCCACAAGAGCCAGAGGCAAUUGAGGAGGCCGAAUUGCCGCCACCGCCUCCGCCUGCCCCAGAGAAGAGCUUGAAGUGCCGUGGGGGGAAGAUCUUGCCAUUGCCAAAGACGCAGCCCAGACGAGGCACUGAGGGACAGCGUGAUGCAGACGCGGCGGCGAGGAGACCAUUGUGCUACGAUGGCUGGGCCUCUGAGCGAGUGGAGGUCACUAUGCCGGUGGCCACGCUUGGCCCUCCAGACAAGGAGCCGCACAGCGGCCACGCUGAGACCGGACGAUUGGUGCGGCUGCAGGUCAGCAGUUGCCCCGGCCCAGGGGACUACGAAGCUCCGGAGCUGCUGCCAGGCCCCUCUGCACUCAUGGCGCCGGAGCCCCCUCCCAAGGAAGAGAAGGCAACACCGGGCCCGGCGAGCUAUGACCUGCGCCAGUCCCAGGCCCACAUCUACCCACGAGGCUUUGCCGCCGACCUCGGUGCUGCUCGCGAGGAUCCUGCGCAGCGGGCGCCCGCCUAUGUCUCCAGCUACGGGCCGCUGGAUCCACGCUGGGAGACCACGCGAGCUCGGAGCCCCUCCGCCGCGAUCCUUCCGGAGGAGAGCUACGAGGCCCUCCGUGCACAAGCCUUGAUGAGGGGCCGAGCGCCGCCUGCGGGCACAGGUGUGCGACUGGGUCCUGGUGCAUACGAUGGCUUCACAGAUCCGCUGCUACGCCCGGAUCUGGCAGUCCUGCCCUGGCGGCCGCUGCGCAGCGGCCUUCCAGAGCACCUACAUGCCAUGUUCCGGCUCCGCCCCGAUUCCAGGAUCAUUCUACCACUGCCCAAAGCACCGCUGCGGCGGAGCUGGUCCGCCGGUGACAUCUGGCGCUUCUACUUGCCAGAGCUGGACGCACCUUUGGGGCUUGCAAGCUUCGCCCGGAACUUGGCCUUUGACGACUGGCAGGAGCUGGAGGCGCGGCACGCGCGGCACAUGUGGCCGAACCUGCGCCGCUUGGAGUGCUCUUGGAGUGCGCUUGGAGUGCUCAGGCAACGCCUGUCCUACUCACUUCCAGACCUCCAUGUCACCCACGAACGGGCGCCGGAAGCAGAUUUCGGCCAAGCCCAGGGGCGGGACGAAGUCAGACUGAAUGAGGACGAAGAGGUCGAGGGCGAUGCGCCUGAGAAGCAUCGAUUCGAUGCAGGUUUCGUUUUUCUUCCCCUGCUCGCUGGUCAGGUGCUUCUCCUCUCGCUGGAGGCGGGACUUGCCAAAGCGUCGCGAAACUCGGAAACAAGCAACAAGCGGUCGCAGCACAUCGCAGAGUGA